AUUUGGUGAAGCGACGCGGAGAAGUGAGAUGGAAUAUAGCGUGCUGUUGCGAACUCAGCUUUGCUUGUUUUAAUCGUCUUUAUAUCACAUCCAUGGCGCCAUAGCGAAGCUCUAAUCUAUAUACCGCUGAUCGCUGAUCCAAAUAUUCCCCUUACAAGCCACCCUCUGCAUACACCACUACAACCCCGCGGCGGAUAAGCACGGCGUAGUCCGUAUUCCUCAUCGACAGUGACUCGUCCAAUCGCACGCUUCCUUUCUCCCCUCCGCAACCUUCUCCACCCCCUAUCCCAAGAAGGAGAAGACGCACAGGGCAUACAGCUCUUACCUCUAUCCCACAAUCCCCACAUCCGACUCGAGGGAGACGAAGGAGACUCCGAGAAAAACACCUACUGGACUUGGAGACUCGCACGCAGAGCACCCAGAAACGGUGACAAGAUGAAAUUCGGUACUCUCCUCGAGCUCAACAGCAACAUCGAAUGGUGGGACUACUAUGUGGACUAUGAUGCCCUCAAAAAGCUCUUCCCUUCAACUCCUCUUGACCCAUCCUACCGAGCGACGCACCAAAAUGACGAGUCUUCUGCCAUCCUUCCUUUACGUCGGGAUUUAAAAAAGUAUGCUUCCCCUGAAAACUUCAAGCAAGCCCUCGAUAAGGAACGGAGCAAGGUUACCGAGUUCUACAAGUCAAAGUUUGAAGAGCUCACAGGGUCAUUUGAGCAGUUGGAAGAUGAAGUUGCGAGGAUGGAAGAAAGAGACCUGGUGCAGGACGACACUAUCAAGGAGGUUGAUGAAGAAAACGAGGAUGCGGAAGGGGGACCGGACGAGCAACAGGACAACCCAAGCACAAGAGAAACCGAUAACUUGCUCGGCCCCAGCAGUUCCCCAACCAGGGCACGAUCCCCCCUUUCUCGUCCAAGGCCAUCCUUCGUUGGGCGUCUUGGAAGCAGUUUCAACUUUGGAAGACGAAAGAGUGCUGCAUUGCCAAGCUCUCGCGACCCCGACAUCCUCGAAGCUUCCAUUCAACCCACUUACCGUCCUUCGCGAAGUCCGGGUGCUACACGCACUAGGAUGUCGGACUCGAUGACAAGCUCAUACUUUGACGAGUCACCUUCUGGACGCGUCCCUGGACCCCGUUCUGGACGAAGGGUGUCCGAUCUCGAGUCAUCCGUUGAUGACAUUCGUACAACAUCUGGUGGGCACGACAGAAGGACCUCCGUAUCCUCCUUAUCAUCUCAUGAGGGUGACUUCAACUGGCCCCGUCGUCUCUAUCACUCUCUCGGUCUUGUUCAAAUGGACCCAGCCACUGUUCCUGAUUGGGCAGCUACCUCUGUAGGAGACGUCGAGGAAGGCAGAUACGGGUUUUUGCAUGGCCCGAAUGCUAAGCAAGCCAUCUUUGUCUGGACGGCUAAUAAUGACUAUGCGACAGUGUUGAGAAUUGGACUCAAAAAGAGGAUAAGCAAGGUGUGGCUUGACGCCUAUGCGUUGAAGCAAUACGUCGAGUUGAAUAUGACUGCUUUUGAGAAGAUUUUGAAGAAGUACGACAAGAAUACCGAUUCCAAGCUCAAGAAGCAGUAUAUCUCUGAAAUGGUUUUGCAAUCCGUGCCUUGGACGGAAACAAGCAAGAAAGACCUCGACGAAUUGUUAGCUCGUAUCCUCUUUCUGUACCGACGUGUUGUUGCAGGCGGCGAUGACGACCUCGCGAGAGAGCAACUUCGAUCUCAGCUGCGAGAAAAAGUGGUUAUUGACCGCGAGACUGUCUGGUCCCAGAUGGUCUCUGGUAGAAAUCGUUCCGAAGGGAUCUUCAGAAGUGUCACCCCAGACCAGAUUGCGUCGUCUGAGCCGAAUAAGAAUGUACUCAGGACACCAUUUGGGAGCCUUAGAGUACCGACUUGGCUGACAAUGAAGGCGGCCAUGGUCAUUCUAGCAACCGUCUCUUCAAUCUUGAUAGUACAAUUACAGCCCCUCGACAGAGUAGAAGAAAGCAAUUGUAUGGCUAUGCUUGUAUUCUGUAUAAUCCUUUGGGCAACCGAGGCUAUCCCCUUGUUUGUCACAUCUCUUGCUGUACCUUUUUUGACUGUCAUUCUCCGAGUCAUUCGUUCAUCGGAUGGAGAAGACGAGAGGCUCAGUGCAGCAGAUGCUACCAAGUACAUCUUCUCCCAAAUGUUCUCACCUACGAUUAUGCUCCUUAUCGGUGGUUUCACGAUCGCCGCUGUGCUGUCAAAGACCCGACUUGACGUCAUGACAGCUACACGUAUCUUGAACGCCGCCGGUUCGAACCCAAGUGUCGUCCUGCUUGUAUUGAUGUCCGUGGCAACGUUUGCGAGUAUGUGGAUCAGUAAUGUCGCGGCUCCCACUUUGUGUUAUGCCCUAAUUAAACCAAUUACCGACGAAUUGCACCCUAAGUCGAAUUUCUCCAAAUGUUUGAUCAUCGCUAUUGCCCUUGCUGCCAACAUUGGUGGUCAAGCUUCGCCCAUCUCCUCCCCUCAGAAUCUCAUCUCCCUCGGUUCGAUGGACCCACCUCUCUCAUGGCUUCAGUGGUUUGCAAUCUCUAUUCCCGUUUCCUCCCUCUCAGUUGUUCUUAUCUGGGCGUUCCUGCACAUCAAUUAUCGAUGGGAGUCUGAUUUAGAAAUCCCCAAGAUGCGCAAGAACACCGACCCACUCACUGUGACACAUUAUUAUGUGUUAGCUGUCAGUGCAUUGACGAUCUUGUUAUGGUGCGCGGAGAAGAGUUUGGAAGAUUGGCUCGGUGAUAUGGGUGUCAUUGCCAUUGUUCCCCUUUUGGCAUUUUUCGGCACUGGGAUCUUAUCAAAGGAGGAUUUCCAUUCGUUCCACUGGUCCAUCGUCUUCUUGGCCAUGGGUGGUAUUGCCCUGGGUAAAGCUACCCUUUCUUCCGGGCUGCUCGAUAUGCUCAAUAAUCUUCUCGAACGUCUCGUUGAAGGCAUGGGUCUUUACUCUAUCCUCAUCGUCUUUUCCAUGUUGGCUUUGGUAAUCGCUACAUUCAUCUCGCACACUAUUGCCGCCGUCCUGCUUGUACCCAUUGCAACACGUAUCGGAGACUCUUUGGAAGAACCUCACCCGAGGUUACUCAUCAUGGCCACUGCACUUAUCUGCUCUGCUGGUAUGGGCCUUCCCGUCUCUGGCUUCCCCAACAUGACUGCCAUCACGCAAGAAAACAAGCUCGGCCAGCGUUUCAUUGGCGCUUCCGAUUUCCUGAAGAAUGGUAUCUUGUCGUCGAUUCUGGCGAUGUUUGUCAUUGUGACUGUAGGAUAUGCCAUUAUGCGUGGAUUAGGUUUGUAAGAUGAUAAGCAUGCUCUUGUGUGAGAAUCAAACCGAAAAGCAAAAUGUAUGGCACGGCUGCAGUGGAUGACUAACCGGUCAUGCUAUUAAUGCUGGAUACAAAUGAUGCAACAAAUAUUCCGUGAAAAUAUUUUAAGCGUAUGUCAAGUCGGCAAUUUUGCUAGUCAUCGCCAUCCAAACUUCCAGCCACUCCAAACCGGCUUGAGCCCCUUUACCCAGUCCCUCCGUCGUUAAGACUUCUUCAACCGCCCCGCCGAUUCUACAAGGAUGUAUACUAAAGACAAGCUCUCCGGUCGUGGGAUGUUCUGUGGACUGCACAAGAGGAAAAGGCGAUGUGUCUUCUCCUGGCAGAUUCUCAGGAGGGAGCAUGAGGGUGUCCAAGGCAGCCCCAAAGUCGCCAAAACCCAGGGGCUGUGGGGGUGAAGGAGGGUGAAGGAUGUUCAACUUGAGAAGAAGAGAGAUGGAGAGGGGCGCUCCAGCUAGCAUGAUGCCCCUGAAACAGUACAUGGGCACUCUAUAAGUCCUAGAGUAAACGAUAUAUUGCUCUAUCUCAACCUUAGUUGACCGCAGUACAUCUUGUUGUUGAGGCAAAAGGGCACUGUCUUCUGCGUCUUCUAAAUCUUCCUCAUCCUCAUUGGUUUGGUUGAACGAUUGAUCCGAGUGAGUCUGGCCCAAAGGAUAGCUGAAAAGAGUAGAGGGUGCAUAACGUACGAUCCGGCGGUAGAGGUACCCUUGGUGGGCUACAAACUGCGACAGGGGUCCAUCAACGUCGACCACCUUACAUAGCUUUUGCCGGUGGCGUACCUUAUGUUCCCUCCAUUCCCAACCUUUGUUCGUUCUCCCCGGCCCAACUUCCCCUUCUUUUGUCAGACAAUACUUAUCCACCAAUGCUUUACAGGCCAUCUCAAAGAUCUCAUGAUCUGGGUAUGCUUCAGAUUCAAGGUUUGACCCAUUUUUUGCUUCUUGAUCUAAAGCGCCUAGUCGCCGGUCAUCAUGAGCAUACAGCAAGCAUCCUUGACAUCUUUACUUUCCUCCUGAACACCAUUUUCCCUAUUUCCAUUCUGUAUAGCUUCAUACAUGAUCUCCGGGCUAGUACUGAUCUCUUGUAUAGGGCUCAUGGGUUCAGCCGCACUGAUCACCAAUCGUCUGGAGGGGUCCGCUGCAGCAGUCGCACCGUCGUUGGAAAGGUCAACGGUCUCAGCGAUGAGGGAUCCUUCAGAUACUUGAACAAGGAUACCAUUGGUCGAAUUGGCUCCUUUACCAUCGGGGCCGCUAAGGCCAACAGGUGUCUGCGGAUCGGAUCGAGACGGAGCUCGACUGAAUGCGUUUAGAACUCGGCGACGCUCGAUAAUGCCACCUGAAAAAACGUGAAUUACGGCACCGUUGAAGAAAACAACUGUACUCACGCAUGACAGCAGCUGUACCAGACCUCUUGACCGCCUUCUUAGAGUGGUUGUCCUGAUAUCUAUCAGUCUCGUCCACCUUUAAAGUCAUGCAUGUUUGGUCAAUAAUGAAAAGGAGAAUAUUAGAUUAUACAAGAUUACUUACUCUUCGAUCAAAUCUUCCACUUAAGACCUUUUCGUUAGCACCACUUAGUAAAGUAUACAGACUUUACUCACAGCUGACGAUUCCCAAAGCACCUCCCCUUUGGCCAGGUGUGUCACUGAUGAGUAUAAGAUGUGCUCGCCCAGUUUGGAAGUAAUCCAGGGCCUGAAAACAGUUGAUUUCAGGCUUGGCUUCCGGCAGCGGAAGGAGGGGGAACUUGGACACGGGCCAUUCAUCAUCGGGAUUGUAAGAUAUGA